ACCGGACCGCGGCGCAGGAGAUGGGGGACGGCGCGAAGAGGAAGAAGGAUGACAAGUCCUCCGACAGGGUCACGCUCAAGAAAGAGAUAGGACUCCUGAGCGCGUGCGCGAUCAUCAUCGGGAACAUCAUCGGAUCGGGAAUCUUCAUCUCCCCCAAAGGAGUCCUGGAGCACGCCGGCUCGGUGGGCCUGUCGCUCAUCGUCUGGGUGUGUGGGGGCGGGAUCUGCACUCUGGGCUCCAUGUGCUACGCUGAGCUGGGAGUGACCAUCCCCAAGUCCGGAGGAGACUACUCCUAUGUGACGGAGAUCUUCGGAGGGCUGGUGGGGUUCCUGCUGCUGUGGAGCGCCGUCCUCAUCAUGUAUCCCACCACGCUGGCCGUCAUCGCGCUCACCUUCGCCAACUAUGUCCUCCAGCCGGCCUUCCAGGACUGCCUGCCUCCGUACGUGGCCACCAGGCUGCUGGCCACCAUCUGUGUCUUGUUCCUGACCUGGGUGAACUGUUCCAGCGUCCGCUGGGCCACCAGGAUCCAGGACGUGUUCACCGUGGGGAAGCUCCUGGCUCUGGUCCUGAUCAUCGUGGUGGGCCUGGUCCAGAUCUGCCGAGGUCACUACGACGCCCUGCGGCCCAGCACGGCCUUCCAGUUCAGCGAGGAGCCGUCGGUGGGGCAGAUCGCCCUGGCCUUCCUGCAGGCCUCCUUCGCCUACAGCGGCUGGAACUUCCUCAACUACGUCACGGAGGAGGUGGUGGAGCCCCGCAAGAACCUGCCCCGGGCCAUCUACAUCUCCAUCCCUCUGGUCACCCUGGUCUACACCAUGACCAACAUCGCCUACUUCUCCUCCAUGACGCCGCAGGAGCUGCUGGCUUCCAACGCUGUGGCCGUGACUUUCGGAGAAAAGCUGCUGGGGAUGUUCUCCUGGGUGAUGCCCAUCUCCGUGGCUCUCUCCACGUUUGGAGGAAUUAAUGGAUAUUUAUUCACCUCCUCCAGAUUGUGUUUCUCAGGGGCCAGAGAGGGCCACCUUCCUUAUCUUCUGGCUAUGAUCCACUUGAAGAACUGCACACCCAUCCCCGCCCUGCUGGUCUGUUGCAUCGCCACUAUCGUCAUUCUGUGUAUCGGAGAGACGCACAACCUCAUCAACUACGUGUCCUUCAUCAACUACCUGUCGUACGGAGUGACCAUCGCCGGCCUCCUCUACCUCCGCAAGAAGAACCCCGCCCUGCUGCGACCCAUCAAGGUGAACCUGCUGGUCCCCGUCAGCUACCUGGUCUUCUGGGCCGUGCUGCUGGGCUUCAGCCUGUACUCGGAGCCGGUGGUCUGCGGUCUGGGGAUGGUCAUCAUGCUGACCGGGGUCCCCGUCUACUUUGUGGGCGUUCAGUGGAAGGACAAACCCAAGUGGCUGUACCGGGCCGUGGAGAAAGUCACGUACGUGGGCCAGAAGCUGUGCUACGUGGUGUUUCCUCAGGAAGACCCCUCCGAGACGGAGCUGCUCACUGCCUCCAAAGCCACUGACUGAGCGUCCUCAUCCCGGCUCUUCUCCUUCCACUUCCUGUCUUACAGUUUGCCACUGUGUUUGCUGAAGGGAGGGUUUCACCGAGGUGGGAGGGCUGCGGGUCUGCAGGGGGGGGGCACCAUGGGGCCCCUCGUCUUUAUGUCAUGAUGUUUUGUCAGUGUACGGUUCUACAGUACUUCAGGUACUCGAGGCAUUAGCAUGUCUGUGUUUCCUGCCGAGGCGUUCCUCAGCAGCAGGUGUUUCUUCUUCUUCUUCUUCACUCCGCGGCGUGGAGGAGCGUCUCCUCCUGUCCCCGGAUGUCUCGGGUCUCGCCCCUCGCCCCCCCUGCUCCUGUGCCUUCUCAUGCUGUAGCAUGCCGGUCUGUGCGGGUAUUUCUUUUGUCUCUUAACCUUUUUGAGGUAACUAUGCAAGCAGUUCCUGCACUUCAGUCUUCAGUAUUCCUGCCGCCGCCCUCGGCUCUGUCUCACUAACUACUCACAUUAACGGAGUAGUCCUCUGUCCUGCCGCCUCCGGCCGUGCUUUGGAUUAUUUUACGGCCUCUGCUUUGUUUUUAUUAUAUCGAUCUGAGAGGUUUUCUUUAUGUAAUGUUAGUAUUUAAUGGAUUGUCUCCACAACCUUCCUCUUUCCAAGUGAUACCUUCCAGCCGAUAGUAAAGAGCAAAAAGAACAAGUGGGUCUCACGUCAGCAGACUGUUGGUUUCCUGUUCAGACGGGUGACUUUAGUCGCUUCAGAUUGUUCCUUCACUCUGGGAAUGAAUGCCACUGUGAUCCCCGUCCAGGUGCUCCAGCAGGUGCAGUUUUCAGGUGUCAGGUUCCUCUCCUGCUUCUCCAGUAGGGACCAUGUUGAGUGACGGACGGAUGGCGAGCUGCUAAAACUUUGUUUACUAGUUAACAGGCGGGGACACUGUGUCAGGACAACACUUUUAUAGACACGAUGACGCUGACACGACGUGGCUGAGUCCAUGCCUCUCGGCGGGGCGACUCACUGUAAAUGUUCCAGUCUAAAGCUCGGGUGCUACAGGUCCUCCAGGCGUCCGGCGGCCAGGUGACGCUGAUGCUCGUGUGGUGCAAAUGAAGGUGAGCAGCCAGCGUCUGCAGGCCCAUCCAGCACAUCGUGUCCAGUACAGCAGGUGGAAGAGGAUCAUGUCUUUCCUGCCAUGUUGAGGCGCUGGUCAGCUCUGAGAUCUGUAAAUACUGUAAAGAAGAUGAAGAUCACAUUCCACAGACAACAAGUCAAACAUUUAAUGUACAGUUUGAUGCCUGUUCCUCUGCUUCAGAGCGCGAAGUUGUACAAAGUUAACACUGUAAUUACCUAUUAAAUAAAGCAACUUCUAAGAGGAGGACGUGUUGUUGAUGCUGUGGAUGAGAGUUCCAUCACGCUAACGCCACUCAGUAGACGGCACCACAGACACAAACUCAUAUUUUGAUUCUGACACACAUGCAGACAGUAAUUAAAACCUCUUUUGAAUGUUUGCACAUUCAUUGUCUUAAAAAAAAGUAAAAAAAAAAAAAAA